GUUACGGUGAGGUUGUUUCCGGGUGUUCCUUAGCGUUGACACAGGGAAGGGUUUCGUGAGUCUUUGUGUGUUUUGGUGAUAAAUUUUGUUUAGCCCGGGGGAUUUCUUUAUUUUUGUCUUUUUUGGGUUGUAAGAAUGAAUCGUAUUUUCGGUCGCGGUAAACCAAAAGCACCGCCACCAAACCUAUCGGACUGCAUCAGCAAUGUGGACACCAGGGCGGAAUCCAUCGAUAAAAAGAUCGCCAGACUGGAUGCCGAGCUCAUGAAGUACAAGGAUCAGAUGAAAAAGAUGAGAGAAGGCCCUGCAAAGAACAUGGUGAAGCAGAAGGCAAUGAGGGUGCUGAAACAGAAGCGGAUGUAUGAAGGCCAGAGAGAUAACCUAACCCAGCAGUCUUUUAAUAUGGAGCAGGCCAACUACACCAUUCAGACGCUGAAAGACACCAAAACAACAGUGGAAGCCAUGAAAAUAGGUGCCAAGGAAAUGAAAAAAGCCUACAAGCAAGUGAAGAUCGACCAGAUCGAGGACCUGCAGGACCAGCUGGAGGACAUGAUGGAAGAUGCCAACGAGGUGCAGGAGGCCCUGAGCCGCAGCUACGGGACGCCAGAGAUCGACGAGGAUGAUCUGGAAGCGGAGCUGGACGCCCUGGGAGAUGAGCUGUUGUUGGAUGAUGACAGCUCUUACCUGGAUGAAGCCUCUUCUGCUCCUGCCAUUCCAGAGGGUGUGCCCAGCGACAGCAAAACGAACAAGGAUGGUGUCCUGGUGGAUGAAUUUGGCCUGCCGCAGAUUCCCGCCACAUAAGGGGGGGG